AUGCUCUCUAACGAUAAUCUUGAAACCACUAAAUCAGUUGUAACUGAUUAUUUCAUUUGGCGUCUAAAAAGUAAACGAGUGACUAAUAAUCGUUUAUUUGACAUCGUACACGCAGCUGGUUAUGAUACUGAAAGAAAAUAUUCUUCUUCACUAUCGUUUUCAAAUUGUCAUAGUUCAUCAUCAAUGAUAAAUGCUGAAGCUAUUCAUCGUGCGAUAGGCAACGAAUUAUUCAGUGAUGGAAAAAUUUCAUGGGCUAGAAUAAUCACAUUUAUUUCGUUUUCUGCUCUACUCGCUGAAAACAUUUUGAAAGAAACACGAGAAGAAGAAAAGGAUACAAUCAUUUCGUCUACGAUAGAUUGGACAACAAAUUUCAUCGAUCAAAAUUUCCAGACGUGGCUUGAAAGUGAAAGAUAUUGGGCUGGUUGUUUGAAUAUGUAUAAAAUUCCAGAACGCCAAAAUUCUUUGUAUGCUUAUGGUAAUUUUCUUCGAGCUAUAGGAGCGAUCACACUUGGUUUGAUGUGUAUGAUAAGCACAUAA